UCUGCCCGUCCCGUCUCUCUUCUCUUCUCUUCUCCUCUGUUCUCUUCCUUAUCUUUUUAGCGACAUGCCCUACGUCCGCCGUUGAAGGCCCCGGGGUUGCGGCGUUAGAAAUAAAGGAUUUGAAGGGUCAUGCUCCGGGCGUGCGUCCUCUGUGCCGAGCGUCUCCAAACUCCAGAUGAUGAUGUCAGCGACGCCUACUGCACCGUCACGUUUGAAGGGUCCAAGAAGAAGACGAAAGUUGUAAAGAACAACCCCAACCCGGUCUGGAAUGAGGGUUUUGAGUGGGACCUAAAAGGGAUCCCUCUGGACUCUGGAGCCGAGCUGCACUGUGUGGUGAAAGAUCAUGAGAAGAUUGGACGCAACAGGUUUUUGGGCGAGACCAGACUGUCCCUCCGAGAUGUACUCAACUCUCCGUCUUUAACCGCGACUUUUACCAUCUCCCUGCUGGACACCAAGAGGAACAACACCGGAGCCACUCUGACCCUCCAGGUGUCGUACCUCCCUCCCCCGGGAGUCGCCCCCAUCUACCACCCCCCUCCUCCCCCCGAGCCCAUCCACCACAGCAGCACCCCCAACGUGGAGCUGGACACCGUCACCAUGAUCUCCUUGGACACUCUGGGAGAAGAGGACACGGAGAGCCUGCUGAUGGUGGAGGUGCCCGACGACCCCGGGGCGGACGACGGGCGCUCCCUGGUCAUGGUGGGACCCCAGGGGCAGACGGAGCAGGACACGCCCCCCGCGCACACGCCCAAACGCUCCCCUCCGUCCUACAGGGGGCAGGAGAGGCUACGGAGGAAGAAGAAAGGAGCCAGCGGGCAGCCCAGACCACUGCCCAACAAACCGCAGGACCUGCAGGUGCGCGUGCGCAUCAUCGAGGCGCGACAGUUGCCGGGCAUCAACAUCAAACCCGUCGUCAAGGUAACGGUUGCCGGGCAAACCAAGAGGACGCGGAUCCGCAAGGGCAACAAUCCCGAAUUUGAUGAGACAUUUUUCCUAAACUUUUUUGAAACUCCUUCAGAUCUGUUUGACGAACCUAUUUUCAUCACAGUUUGUGAUUCUCGAUCUUUGAGAACUGACGCAGUGAUCGGUGAAUUUAAGCUCGACGUUGGGACAGUUUAUAAUGAACACAGACACUGUUUCCUGAGAAAAUGGCUGCUCCUCUGUGACCCCGACGACCUCUCGGCCGGGGUCAAAGGUUACCUGAAGGUCAGCCUCUUGGUGCUGGCGGCGGGAGACGAGCCUCCGGCGGAUAAACGUGAGUGUGUGGAGGAGAGGGAGGACAUCGAGGGGAACCUGCUGCGUCCGGCCGGUCUGUCCCUGAGAGGAGCCACUUUCACCGUCAGAGUUUACAGAGCGGAGGACCUGCCCCAGAUGGACGACGCCAUCAUGGACGGGAUGAAGCAGUUCUUCGGUUUCGACAGUAACAGGAAAAACCUGGUGGAUCCGAUGUUGGAGAUUCACUUCGCCGGAAAGACUGUUUGCACUAAAAUCCUGGAGAAAAACGCCAACCCUCAGUGGAACCAGAGCCUCACCGUGCCCAUCAGGUUUCCCUCCAUGUGUGAGAAAAUGAGGAUCCGGAUUCUGGACUGGGACAGGGCCAGUCACAACGACGUGAUUGGGACGUCCCAGCUCUGCAUGUCCAAGAUCUCUGCUCCGGGAGGACAGAUCGACGAUGACGUCACUCCACGGGCCGUCCACUCUGGCAUCGACGACGGCCUCGGCUUCUUGCCCACGUUCGGCCCGUGUUUUGUAAAUCUUUACGGCAGCCCGCGAGAGUUCAGCAGUUUCACCGACCCUCACGAAGCGCUCAACCUCGGAAAAGGAGAGGGAGUGGCGUACCGCGGCCGCGUGCUGCUCGAACUCGGCACGAAACUGGUGGAUAAACCUGAGCAGAAAACUGAGGACAUCACAUCAGACGAACUGCUCGUGGUGGAGAAGUUCCUCCGCAAGCGCAAGUUUUCGCUCUUCGUGGCGUUCUACUCGGCCACGCUCCUUCAGGACGUGGACGACGCCGUGCAGUUCGAGGUCAGCAUCGGUAACUACGGCAACAAGUUCGACACCAGCUGCCUCCCGCUGGCCUCCACCACGCAGUACAGCCGCGCGGUGUUCGACGGUUGUCAGUACUACUACCUGCCCUGGGGGAACGUGAAGCCGGUGGUGGUGCUGUCGUCGGAGUGGGAGGACAUCAGCCCCAGGAUCCACGCGCUGAACCUGCUUCUGUCUGCAGCCGAUAACUUGGAGAGUAACCUGAGAGCCGUGAAGAUGGAGGAGCAGUCGGGUCUAGACCUGGACCAGCUGGAGCUCAGUGUGGUGCAGCUACUGGACCAGGUCAUAGUGGACUGCAGUCAGGAGCUUCCGAGCCUGGAGCAGUGGGCGUGUGCGACGGCUCUGGACCGCUCCCUCCGCCACGUCCGGCGUCUCCAGAUGCAGCAGAUCGUAAACUCCGCCCUCGGCCUCAAGCACGGGCCGGAGACGGAGCUGUCCGUGGUGCUGGAGCAGGCCGAGGAGUGGGUCACCAGGCUGCGGGACAUGGCUCAGGAGCCUCAGAACAGCCUCCCGGACAUCGUGAUCUGGAUGCUGCAGGGCGACCGCAGACUGGCCUAUCACAGAGUCCCCGCCCACACCGUCCUGUUCUCCACGAGCCCACAGCACCGGGGCCAGCACUGCGGACAGCUGCAGAACCUCUUCCUCAAGUAUCCUUCGGGGUCCGGGGCAGAGGCCAAACUCCCCGGGCAGCUCAGGGUCAAGGUUUGGUUCGGUCUGAGCUCUGACGUCAAACACUUCAACGAAUACGCCGAAGGAAAACUGUCGGUAUUCGCGGAAACGUACGAGAACCAGACGCGGCUCGCCCUGGUGGGCAGCUGGGGCACUACAGGUCUGACGUACCCGAAGUUCAGUGACGUGACGGGGAGAGUGAAGCUGCCCAGAGAGAGCUUCAAACCCUCACCGGGCUGGAGCUGGGCCGGAGACUGGUACAUCAGCCCCGAGAGGACACUGCUGCUGGACGUGGACGCGGGUCACAUGACGUUCACUGAGGAGGUGUUUGAGAACCAGAUGCGUCUCCCUGGAGGACAGUGGAUCGGGAUGACAGAGGGAUACACAGACGUGAACGGAGAGAAGGUGGUGCCCAAAGACGAGGUGGAGUGUCCCCCGGGCUGGGUCUGGGACGACCCCGAGUGGAGCGAGGACCUCAACAGAGCAGUGGACGACCACGGCUGGGAGUACGGCAUCACCAUCCCCCCAGACAGACGGCCAAAGUCCUGGGUCCCAUCAGAGAAAAUGUACCACACGAACAGAAGGAGGCGCUGGAUCAGACUGAGGCGCAGAGACCUCACCAAGAUGGCCGCCCUCAGGAAGCAGCGGGUGGAGGACUCGGACAGGGAGGGCUGGGAGUACGCCUCUGUGUUUGGGUGGAGGUUUCACAUGAAGCCCAGAAAAACAGACAGCUUCAGGAGGAGGAGGUGGAGGUGUCGCAUGGAGCCGCUGGAGAGGACCGGCCCGGCGGCCAUCUUUGAUCUGGAGUGCUCCCUGAGCAGUAUUGAAGAUCGCAGUGAGGACAAGUCCGUCACAACGACAUUCGGAGUCAACAGACCCACCAUCUCCUGCUUCUUCGACCGGGGAACACGUUACCACCUGCGCUGUUACGUCUAUCAGGCCAGAGACCUCCCCGCCAUGGACAAGGACAGCUUCUCCGAUUCCUACGCCAUCGUGUCGUUCCUGCACCAGUCCCAGAAAACGGUGACGAUCCGAAACUCCUUAAACCCGACGUGGGACCAGACGCUUGUGUUUUACGAAGUGGAGAUUUUCGGAGACCCGGAAAACACCAGCAACAACCCGCCCAACGUCGUGGUGGAGCUGUACGACCAGGACACAUACGGAGCGGAUGAGUUCAUGGGGCGUUGCGUGUGCCAGCCGUCCUUCACCGCGGAGCCCCGUCUCUCCUGGUUCCCGAUCCUCAGAGCCGGACGGAAAGCCGGGGAGCUGCUGGCGAGUUUCCAGAUCAUCGAGAGAGAUAAGCCCUCGGUCCAUCACAUCCCGGGGCAGGAGGGCGAUGUCGUGACUUCGUAUCAAGUUUUGGACGAGCUCUUGUUCAGUGGAUUCCUCUCUGAAACUCAACAGCUCUGGCCUGAGGAGUCGGAUUUGCCUCCUCCUCCUCCUCAAAGGGAACCAAACGUCUUCAUCGUUCCACAGGGAAUAAAACCGGUGCUGCACAGGACGGCUAUUGAGAUUUUGGCCUGGGGCGUGCGUAACCUGAAGAGUUUCCAGCUGGCCAGCGUUACCUCUCCCAGCCUGCAGGUGGAGUGCGGGGGCGUCAUGGUGCAGAGCUGCGUCAUCCGCAACGUCAAGAAGAAGCCCAACUUUGACGUGAACACGCUAAUCCUCGACGUGAGACUGCCUCAGGAGGACGUGUUCAUGCCCCCCCUAGUGGUGAAGAUCAUCGAUAACCGUCAGUUCGGGAGGAGGCCCGUGGUUGGACAGUGCUCCAUCCGGGCUCUGGAGGACUACCGCUCGGACCCGGGACAGGACCGAGACCAGGAUCCGGGAGAGGAGGAGGGAACCGGGUUCACAAAUCAUCGUCCGGACUCGUUUUGCGAUGAUGUUUUGGUGAACAUCGGAGACGAGGAGCCUCUCAUUCCCGAUCAGGUGGAGGAGUUCAUCGACUGGUGGAGUAAGUUCUACGCUUCCACUGGAGACAAGAGCAAGUGUGGAACCUACUUGGACAAAGGGCUGGACACACUCAAGGUCUACAACUGUGAGCUGGAGAAGGUGGAGCAGUUUGGAGGUUUGACCGAUUUCUCUCAGACGUUUAAACUGUACAGGGGGCGGAGCCAAGAUGAGGGGGAGGACCCUUCUGUGGUCGGAGAGUUCAAGGGCAUGUUCAGUAUCUACCCUCUGCCAGACGACCCCUCUGCCCCUCUGCCCCCAAGACGCUUCACCAAACUGCCCCCCAACGGCAUCGAGGAGUGUGUCGUACGAGUCUACAUCAUACAAGCCCACGGCCUGCAGCCUAAAGACAACAACGGGAAGUGUGACCCGUACGUGAAGAUCACUUUGGGAAAGAAGAUCAUAAACGACCAUGACAACUACAUCCCCUGCACCCUGGAGCCGGUGUUUGGAAAGAUGUUUGAGUUGAGCUGCUCUCUGCCUCUGGAGAAGGACCUGCGUGUGGCCCUGUACGACCACGACCUCCUGACCAAAGACGAGAAGAUCGGAGAGACCGUCAUCGACCUGGAAAACCGCUACCUGUCCCGACACGGCGCCACGUGCGGACUGCCCCAGACCUACUGCACGUCGGGGGUGAACCGCUGGAGGGGUCAGCUGAGUCCUCGUCAGCUCCUGAACAGAGUCUGUGAGAGGAGAAACAUCCGGAAGCCUGAGUACCAGGGUCACACGGUGCAGUUCAGAGGAGAGCAGGUCACGUGUGGAGACACAAAGGAGAGUAAACAGUCGAACCCUCACCUGGGCCCCGUGGAGGAGAGACUGGCCCUGCUCUGUUUGAAACGCCUGGGAUUAGUGCCCGAACACGUGGAGACCAGGAAACUGUACAGCCCCCUGCAGCCGGACAUCGAGCAGGGUCGUCUGAUGAUGUGGGUGGAUCUCUUCCCCAAGUCUCUGGGACCCCCCGGACCCCCGUUCAACGUCACCCCACGGAAAGCCAAGAAGUUUUUCCUUCGCUGUAUCAUCUGGAACACUCAGGACGUGAUCUUAGACGACGUCAGCCUCUCCGGAGAGAAAAUGAGCGACAUCUACGUCAAGGGUUGGCUGGAGGGACACGAGCAUAACAAGCAGAAGACAGAUGUUCACUAUCGCUCGCUCGGGGGAGAGGGAAACUUCAACUUCAGAUUUGUGUUUCCGUUUCACUACCUCCCGGCGGAGCAGCUCUGUGUCGUCGACAAGAAGGAGUAUUUCUGGAGUUUGGACAAAUCUGAGACCAAAAUCUCUCCUAAACUCACCGUCCAAAUAUGGGACAACGACAAGUUCUCCUUCGACGAUUAUCUCGGUCACCUGGUGCUCGACCUGAACAACAUGCUGCGUCCCGCCAAGUCGGCCGCGAAGUGCGACCUGGAGCUCCUGAACCAGCCGGGGUCGAAGUUCGUGUCGCUGUUCGAGCAGAAGACGGUGAAAGGAUGGUGGCCGUGCGCGGGUCAGAGCGGAGGAGACAAGAUCUUAGCCGGUAAAGUGGAGAUGUCUCUGGAGCUGGUGUCGGAGCAGGAGCAGGAGGAGAGGCCCGCGGGUCUGGGGAGGGACGAACCCAACAUGAACCCGACUCUUCAGGAUCCGCAUCGACCCGAGACUUCGUUCCUGUGGUUCUCGUCUCCGUACAAGACCCUGAAGUUCAUCGUGUGGCGGAGGUUUAAGUGGUUCAUCCUGCUCUUCCUCGUCCUCUUCCUCAUCUUCCUCUUCUUCGGAGUCUUCCUCUACGCCUUCCCGAACUACGCAGCUAUGAAGAUGGUCGCCCCUUUUGGUCCGGCGAAAACAAACCAAUGACGACUCGAGCGAAAAACGGACCUUUUCACAAUCGCUGGCCUUAAAUCCGUCGCAUUUUCACGUUUCUAUGUCCUAAAGCUUCUCCGUGUCACUUUCCCCUCGCUCUCCCUCCUCCCGUCUGAGUUCACGAGGUUAAACUCCGGGAUUUGUCCGUCUGUUUUGACGGUUUUCGGCUCGUGUUAGUUUUCAGAUGGUGGAGAUACGACACUUUGAAACGGGAAACUCGAGCUAAUCUGGCUGUUCUGUUCAGGAUUUCACGUAAAAAUCGCAACGAAAUGAAAGAAAAAAGAAAAAAAAAAAACAACUAAAUAUAAUCGACUCUGUGCACAACGGCGCCCCCGUCCUCUCUGCUAGCGUCACUACUUCCUGUCUAGUUUUAUCUCUAUGAGGUUUUUUGCGAAGCCACGAUAAAAUGAAUAAAUAUAUAAAAAAUCAGGCAGUGGACAGUUAGCUGCAGGUAGGUUAGAGGUCAGAGGUCAGAGGUCAGAGGUUACGGUGGUUAGGGUCAGACACUGGACUGCAGGUAAAUAUCACUGACACAUAAUAAAAACUACACAAACAAAACGAAUACUUCACCAGACGACACAAAGAGAGAGGUUUGUGUCUCAAUGCUAACGCUAAUGCUAAUGCUAACGCUAAUGCUAAUUUUAAAGCGUGAUAAAUAUCAAAACAACACCGCAGACUGAAGUACUCCACAUUUAAACGUAAUAAUUUGGUCUUGUUUUAAGAUUUUAAUCAAAGUGACCGUUAGCUUUGAGACACAAUGAGCUAGCUAGCGUGCGCAGAGCCUAUUAAAGCUGCACCAUGCAACUUUUCUGCUCGCGGAGGCCCGUUUCCGCACUCGUCUCCAUGGAGAUGUUCUAACUUUGCCUGGAAUCGAAAGUAUCGAUCUCGUUAGCCGUUGGUUGCGCAAAAGUAUCUCGAAAAAACACGGAUUUGUGGUCGCCUCUCCACAGAUCUGACCUGCCUAACUUUGCCUGCUGACGUUAGCUUCCAGGCAAAGCAACGGCAUCUCCGUGGAGACAAACAGGCAUCAGAAAAGUUCCACAGUGCACGUUUAAUAUUGAGUUUUACCAUCCGUGUUAAAAAUGUGUUUUUAUGGCUACUGAAAAAUCAUGUUUCUUUUUUUUA